GGUCUGGAGGACCUAGAAAGGCGCUAUACAAGUACACGUCGACUUACCAUUUACUCUGAUUUCUGCUUUCAAUGACCUCGGAGUUCCUCUCUCACCAGAGAAAACAGGAGGUCUCUGCACGUCCCUGGAAUUUCUUGGCAUUAUCACUCCAAGCCCACGAGAAAGUACACAGGAUUUCCUUACUCAUUUAAAAUUUCCUCCUGACUCACAGAUGCACUAAAUAACAACUUCUCUUGCCGCUCAGCCACCUAAACUACACCAUCUGCACCUCCUUUCCAUAACCUCCUCCCUCCCAUCUCUCCACGACCAUGUCACACCAGACGAUGCAUGUAAAUGUAGUUAAAAUUAUGGCACUAGUUCCUCUCAUCAUGGAACGGCAUUUCAUUCUUUUACGACUAUCGAAACACUAAGGCAGAAGACGUCCAGCUAUUCACAGACGCAGCACCUUCUGCCGGCUUUGGCAGCUACUUCGGCGACAGGUAGUUUUCAGCCAAAUGGCCGCCUAAAUUUUCAUCUCUCUUCUUCAAAUUACCCUGUAAGAUUAAUAUAAUAUAAAGUAUAUCUUCUUUUUCUUCUUUUUCUUAAACAUAGCAGCUAUUCUUUGGAGUCACAAAUGGUCCAACAAAAAAACAUCACCACCACCAUCCGAUAUCAUAAACAAGGGACACUUCCUAGACAUAAUGCAGUAUAUACGGAAGCUCACACUAGUAUCAGCCCAGCAUCAAUUCAUUCCUGAGCCUCUCACAUCCCAGGUCACAAAAAAAACACAAUCGCUGACGCACUUGCUUCUCGUCGAGCACCAGCCUCCAACGCUGUUCUGACUCCAGUCAUGCCGUUUUCAUCCACCAUCUUCAACUGACUCCCCAGAUGACAAUCUGGUUGCUGUUUACCUUUGAUCAAUGUCUUUACACUCUCUAGCUUUAUCCCGUUCACCUGCUCAAGAUUAACAUACUCACACAAAAUCGUUUUCGUCACUUCCGCCAAAUCAUGUCCAAUCAUGAAUGUCCCCAGAUAGGAAUGUCAACCUUUAUCCCGUCAUUUUUUUCUAUUAUCUUUUGGUAAUUAUAAUUUGAUAACCAUUAAUUGAUUAAACUAAUACAGUUUGGACCCCUGUAACACCCUACGACGUGGAGCCCGAUAGCAGGUAAACAAAUCGAGUCCACUCUACCUGUGUGAAUCAUUGUUCCCCAUGUAUUGGACUCCCAUAAGUGGUGUUUCAUAUUAAAAAAGCAUUAAGCCUUAUGUCUUUUUUUUAUUCACAUCAGGUGUGGCGAGGGGCAUUGCUCUUGGCUGAUUUCAUCCUCUCUAAACCAGCCACAUUCAGAGGAGCUACAGUCCUAGAGCUGGGUGCAGGAACAGGCUUAACCAGCAUCAUCAUGGCAACCAUAGCCAAAACAGUGUACUGCACAGGUGUGGGAGAAGACCUAUCUAAAGGCAUGUUCCCAUUAGAGGUGCAAUAUGAAUCACAUAACUACGUAAUACUCCACAGUCUGACAAGCAAGCAGAAAAAAUAUUUAGAUCUGUUUUUUGUGUCACCAGUUUGCUAUGAUGAUGAUCUGACAGAUGGCCUUUUCCGAACACUGUACCAACUCUGCAGUAACUUUACCCACACCUGCACUGUCUUCAUCUCCAUAGAGAAAAGGAUGAACUUCACCCUGCAACACAUGGAUGUUUCCUGCGAAGCCUAUGACCAUUUCAGACACUGUCUGUCCCAACUCCAUGACCUGGUGGAUGGACGAUGCAGCUUCAGCGUGGAGCAGCUCCCUUCUAACUUUGCACAGUUUCUUCUGUAUGAACGCAUUGAGCAAUUGGAGCUGUGGAAGGUGAUCGUCACUCCACUUCCAUUUGACCCGGUAUAAUUCUGAGCUCUUUUCAUCUUGACCUGGACUUACAUCCGAGUGGUGUUAACAUUGAACUCUCCCCAGAAUGUAGCAUACAAAGCUCUAGUUAAUAGUUGAACGUUUGAAAUCUAAAAUAUAAAAACUCUCAUCAGGGAGAUUGAAAAAUUAGCAAUUGAUUAAUUGCAAGAAUGUAGCAUACGUUUCUUUUUCAACUAGAGCUGAAUGUUUCCCUAGAUGUUUAUACAGUAUGUCUAAUUAAAAACAUGAUCAAUAAAAUUGUGGCUAUCAUUUUUA